GUAAUCAUGUGUCCUUUGUACCUUGUUCCCUGUCCCCAGUCCGCGUCGCGUGUACUGUACUUGUACAAUAUUACCAGUCUGCCAGUAAAUGGAAAUUAGAAAUUAGACUUGAACAAUACAUAUCGAAAACUGGCCUCGACAAGAUCGCGAUCGCAUACACAAUUGUCCAACACCAACAUUCCCGUCGCUCAUUUGAUAAUCUAUCUACAUCGGCUAAUUCCAAGAUAAGAGGGGAUUCUUAUACUUAUCACACUUUUCAUUUAGUUGUGCACGGAAGAAGUACGCCAGUCAACAUGACGCGCGCACAGCAAACUAUCUCCAUUGGCCUUCUCGUCACCUCCCUCUACCUCUCCUUAUAUCUGCAGCUCGUUCCGCUUCCCGAGGUUGUCCAGACCGAGAUCGUCCCCGUUCUCCCCUUCUGGGCCCUCGUCUCUUUCGGCGCGUACCUGCUCUUCCGCCUCGGCUGGAACGUGAUGACCUUCCACGACGUCCCCGAAGCCCACAAGGAAUUGACGGCCGAGAUCGAGCUGGCUAAGACCGACCUUCGGCGUCUCGGCGUCGACGUGGAUUGAUCGGGUCGCAUGUGGGAAGCCGGAAGGGUUACCGGAAUACUUUACGACAUUUGUGAGGGAAACUGAUGCGGAUGGUGGAGGAACGAGACGAGACGGUCAUGAUGUGCUAUAUACUAUGGAUUUUGCUACUCGAGGAGGAUCCCCACAAGUAUUAAGAAAGUCGCCUGAGUACAUGCUCAUAUGAAGGCUUGACGUGCUGUUGCGCCCGUAACCGCCUCGCAUUAAGGUAUCUUGGAAUCAACAAAAUUCCACACCAGCUCUAUACUCCGAUCCUUUCAAACGAAGUGCUUCCUACGCUAUACUAUGAAUUUUACCGUCGCAGGUUUUAUUGUCAGAUACAGAUGAGGGGCUAAGCGUCGUGUAGUGUGUAGCGUGUAGUGUGUAGAUUGUAGCUCCAAGGUUCCUUGACCCAGCGACCUUGACGUAUUCCAAAAUA